UCGGACGCUACGCCCGCUACGCCGCCGCCGACUCGGCCGUGCGGCACAUAUUUUACACGAAUCUGUUAUCAUUUCGAACUUUGUUUCAAGAAUGCAAUUUUUAAAAGUUACUUUUGGAUGCCUAAACUGAAGUUUUUAUUGUUUUGAUAACUUUCGUAAAGUUUUCAAGCUUAGUUUAUUAGUGGUAGUAAGUAUUUAAAAGACAUUUAUUUGGUGAUGUGAUAUGGCUAGGCGACAGCACACUAGUUGCGCAUGGCUGGUGGCGGGCGGCUGCGCGUGGGCAUGCGCGCUGCUCGUCUCUGUCGCCGCUGAAGCACAUGCUGAUGUUGACACGUCCACUGGACUCGGGGACAACACACUCACCAAUUCAGUGGUGGAGGAACCCGAGUUUACGGAUGUCAUUCAGAACGUGACGGUGCCGGCCGGCCGGAGCGUGCGCCUCGCCUGCUCCGUCAAGAACCUCGGCUCCUAUAAGGUGGCGUGGAUGCACUUCGAGCAGUCAGCGAUCCUAACGGUGCACAACCACGUGAUUACGCGCAACCCGCGCGUGAGCGUGACGCACGACAAGCAUCGCACGUGGUUCCUACACAUUAGUGACGUCAGAGAGGAGGACCGCGGUCGCUAUAUGUGUCAGAUCAACACUGUUACUGCUAAAACGCAGUUUGGAUACCUGCAUGUUGUUGUGCCGCCGACCAUUGACGACUCGUUGAGUUCGAGCGACGUUAUCGUACGAGAGGGCGCCAACGUCACGCUGACGUGCCGCGCUAAUGGCUCUCCUAAGCCCACCAUCAAGUGGAAACGGGACGACAACUCAAAAAUCUCCAUCAGCAAGGGACAUUCCGUUUCUGAAUGGGAGGGCGAAGUGUUGGAGAUGGCAAGGAUUUCUCGAUUGGACAUGGGUGCUUACCUGUGUAUUGCAAGCAACGGUGUACCGCCAACCGUUUCGAAGCGGGUUAAAGUGAGCGUUGAUUUUCCACCAAUGUUAUGGAUCCCUCACCAGCUGGUUGGAGCUCCAUUAUACUACAAUGUUACUUUGGAAUGCUUUACGGAAGCCCAUCCGACAUCUCUAAACUAUUGGACAAGGGAUGACGGUCAUAUGAUUCAUGAAAGUCCUAAGUACCACAUGGAGAAUACGGUGGGCAUACCAGCUUACAAAACACAUAUGAGACUGCUGAUUAGGAAUAUUAAUACUGAAGACUAUGGGACAUACAAGUGCAUAGCCAAGAAUCCGAGAGGAGAGUCUGAUGGCACCAUUCGCUUAUACACGUCAUCACCCCCGACCACGACGCCGGACCCGCGCGCUCUGACCGUGCCGCCGCCCUCCAGGCCUCCGCGCCGUGAUACUCCUCUCACUGACAAGGGUACUAAAUAUCAAUCUAACCUGAAUGAAAUCGAUAAGGGCAAACAGAAAACAGACGAAGGCGGUGGGAAGACGCACCUGAACUGGGUGGGAGGUGCAUCGCAGGUUACAGGUGACGCCGACUGGAGGAGAUGCUCCACAUGGGUGUUAGUUUUGUUAAUCAUUGUGCCAUAUUAUGUAAUGAUAUAACUCUAUUAUCAUUCAUCCGAAUUCGCUGUCCAUUUGUAUACACGUAGAUACAUUUAGCCGAGCUUGGCUCGCCCGAGAUAGUGCAAAUUAACAGGAAAUUGUUUUUAUCGUUCAUAUUCCCACCCACACCCGUCAUGAGAGAUAUUCAAAACGUUAUCAGUUAAAUAGUCGCCUGUAUGUGCCUGUAUACAGGCGAGUGUCAUUCAACUAUAUUCAGAUUUUUAAUGAAUCAAACAUAUUCGUCGAAAUUUAAUUUUGAACAACACAAAGUCGGAUUAUGCAGUGCAAUGUAAUUUUUGGAAAUAGCCGGUAGUUCCAGCACCCAACGUAACAAGUCGAAUGAAAAGACCUUUCGAAAGUUAAUUAAAAUUCCUGUAUUGUUUUGACCACGAUAUGUUGUAGAUAUCUUUACAAAAAAGAUUCCUCUAUACUUUUUUGUAAUAUUUUUUGUGUAAUACUUAAAUUUAGAAAUUUUCAUUGAGUUGAAAUGUUAAGUAAAUAUUUCCAAACAAAAAAUACGUUCCAGCCUACUUAAAAAGUAGUGUGGAAUAAAUUAUGGAAAGCUUAAUCCGAUUUCUACAAUGAUACUCAAAUAAUAUUUGAAUAUUACUGGAAAUUCUAUCAAAAAUCAAUACAAAUUCUACCAUCGACGAAUAUUUUAAACGAAAUAAUAAAAUGACGUAACUGAGCUUAGAGCUUUGACCAAUGAACAGCUACCCGUUACAUUAAAAUAAUUCAUAUUAAAGUAACACUUAUGAAUUUAUAUUGUUCUCGAAAACAGGUAAAUUAGAAUAAAAACGAAUAUAAAACUUAGUCACAUCGCCGUCGUUAUGUACAAUAGAUUAAGAGGUUUAGGUUUCAUAACCAAAAUGAUAUUCGUAAUUACUAUAAGCGUUGUUGUUAAUUAUAUAAACUAAAGGUAUUGUAUGUACAACAGUUCCUCGAACUUAUUCACGGUUCAGCAGAAUUUCAUAUACAUAGAUGUCUAAAAACAUUUAUUUUCACCGUUGAUAUAGUACUAAAAAUCUGCUCAGCCGUGAUAAAUAUGUAAUAGACAAAUUCACUGCACACAUAUUAUUAUUAAUAUAUAAUACAAAGUGCACUAUUAUCAUAGUUAUUGAUUUUAAAUAAGAAUAUAAGAAUUAGAUAGAGUAAGACUGAAUGAAUUAUAAAAUAGUGUCUCUAGAGGAUAUUUAAAUUUUAUUAAGUUAUUGUGCUUAUGUAAACCUCAUGUUCGCUGUGAUAAAACAUUAACUGAAUUGACGAAAUUUCUAAAAUCCAAAUUGAACCUAGAGUAUUGUUUCCCGUGCGAGCGCGCCGUAGUGCUGUAGAUCCAGUCUGUAUUCCUAAUGUGACUCCUGCCUGCCUUUCUACUAUAUUUUCAAAUUUGAGGUAAUGGAAAAUUGUGAUGUGUAACUUAUAUUUCAUAUGAAUGUAUUUUGUGCUACUCCUGUAUUUACAUUUUAAUAUCUCGAAAAUUUCAUUGUUUGUAAACCGUGUUUGGAUUUGUAGCCCUUUUGUGUAUAUAUUUAUUUGUAUUCCGAUAUUUCUGUAUAAUUUACAAAUCCAAAUUUCUUCUGUCAAUUACACCUAGUUUUAUAUAGUAACAUACCUAUAUGUAAAUGUUACCGUUAUCAUGUUGCCAAAUUGCUAAAUAUAAGAUAACGCCACAUAGAUAGAAAUGAUGUAAAUAUAUUCAUUAAGCGAAGCCACUGAGUGUGUUUUUAAAUAACAGAGUGUAAUGAGUGUUCAUAGCGGUCACUGCGCGGCGGGCGAUUGUAACCAUACUACGUAACUACACGUAAUGACUAAGAGUGAGUAGGUAACAAACUAAAUAAAGCUUGUUUUAAACA